AUGGUGGACGUCGCGUCGAUUAUAGUGUCCGUUAUAUCCCUGAUAGCCUCAGUACUGGUGGCUGGGUUUAGCGCAUACCUGAACUACUCCACCGAAAAACGCAAAGCACGAAGCGAAGCUGAACGUCUACUUCAAAAAUACAGAGAUCCACUUCUUUUUGCGGCUGGGGAUCUUCAGUCCCGACUCUGGGGAAUAUUUGAAGCAGACGUGCUCAGUUUCAGUGGCCAAUCAGUUCACCACAAUGACUCCUUGUUCAUAUACACGUCGUUUGUACUGGGUCAAUAUUUUGCGUGGACACAUAUCCUGAGACGUCAGACCCAACUACUUCCGUUUUCUUUGGAGGAAGACAAGAGGUUGACGAGAUUCAUCGAGGUGCUACACAAAAUCCAAGGUGUAUUGCUGGACAGUGCAUAUGCCGCGGAAGAGGGCAGCGCGUUUACACUCUGGCGCGGUCAUCAGAUGGCAAUCGGCGAGUUCAUGACUGAUGGUGGUGAUGGAUCAGAGAAACUUUGCAUGGGGUUCUACGAAUUCACAAAAAUCUGGAAGUCUGGCUCCGGUGAAGCCUACGAUAACCUGCACUACUGGUUCCAGCCGGUUGAGGAUGGCCUGAACACUCUUGUUCAAAGGGGCCCAAAGGUGCCUGACGGGAAUAAGUUAAGGCGCUUGCAGCAUCUGUUGUUGGAUUUGAUUGAAGUGCUGGAUCCCGAAAGGCAUCGAUUGCAUAGUAAGAACAUAUCGGGCUGUGGAGCGGCGACCCAUUGCCCGUGCAAGAAAUGUCUUGAAGAGGCCGGCGUCUAUGGUAAAGCUGGGGCAAGGAAGUCCAACAGCGGCAGGACCAGUGAAAGUGUAUGA